AUCACUUCAGUUUGAUUACACAAAGACAGCAGCAAAAAGAAAAAACAGCUUACCGGUAUAUACUUAUUGAAUUUGCGCAAACUCAACUUUAUGAUCAUCGACAUCCUAUUGCAAAGAUGCCUUUAAAAGCAGACACCAAGUGGAAGGAGAUGAGAUAGCUUAAAAUUAUACAUUGAAAAUGGAGGAUGAUGGGCAUGAGGAAAGGCAGCCGUCAGGCUGCUGCUUCAUGGCAGCUCUGAGGUCUUUGGUGACCACUGUCAGGGACAGUAUAAGGAGGAGACGAGUAAGACAGCGGCAGAAGAAUUACCGCAUUGCUAAGAUGCAUGUGGAGGAGGAGGGGGUAGGGGCAGAGAAGCCAAAGGGCACGAAAAGAAAGAGAUGGGUCCUCAACCGAUUUAGGAGGAGGCCGAAGGACAGACAGGCAGCAGCGGCUGCGAAGACUGCACCGAAAUCAAGCACAGAAAAAGCCAUCAAGGCCCCUCAGCCCACUGAGACCAUUGAGGGUAAGGAGGAAGUGGUCUCCGAGACACCGGUUGAGGCUGCAGGCCUACAGGCCGACGAGGCAUCUCCUAUGGUUACUGAUCAUGCCGCUGAUGAUGCUGAUCAGGCUACUACUGAUGAUGAUGAUGAUGAUGUUAAAUUGAAGGUGAAGAUUGUGCACAUCCCAGGAAAAGGUGCAGGACAAAGGCUGACUGUGGAGUGUGCGGACCUCUCACCCCGAAACUACGAUGAUGAUGGCGAUGCCAAAUCCACUGAGGAGGCCAGGAGAUGCUGCGAGGAUGUAGUCCACUCUACCCUUCUGGACCAAAGAGCCAACUGUUAUAACACCAUGCCACCAUCCAGCUAUGACUACCUCAUGGGUUAUGACACACCAGAGGGACUGACAACACUGAGACACAUCAUGGAGACCGACAAGUCAGAGGCAUGGGAUCUAUUCGUGCUACUCAGCCUCACAGUCACUUUAGGAAUAAUUACGUUUUACUUCUUUGUUUUCCUUUUUGAAAUCAUAACCGAAGAUGUGUAAUGCAAGAACGACAUGGACCGGAUGUGUGCGUGGGGGAAACAUACCGUGAGUGUGGAGGACAACUUCACAAUGAAAAAUGUAACUCCAAAAGGAAGAAAAGGGGAUUACAACUUCUAAAUGAAUCCAACAACAACAAACCAACUUUCAAACUUUAAACAUUUCUUUAAAAUAAAAUCUCCAAAAUACA